AUGGCCCUCUCCUCCUCGUCGAGAUACAGGGCCGAGCUCCCAGCAGAUAUCGGCCCCUUCAAACAGUUCCUACAAGAAUAUAGCCACAUACCUGUAGAGGAAACCGACUCUCACAUCUGCAAGAUCAGAGAUCAAGCCUACGCAAUCGCGCCCUACCCAGGCUUCGGCCUCUGGGGCUUCACUAGAAUCCGCCUCCUCGAGGCCGACCCAAACUACCAUCUCGCCGUGUCCCGACUGGUGGCGCCAGGCUCGCACGACGUCCUCCUUGACCUGGGCUGUGGCCUGGGCCAGAACAUCCGCCAGCUCGCAUCCGCUGGUGUUCCUCCCGCGAGGCUCUGCGCAUCCGACCUGCGGCCCGAGCUGAUGGAGCUGGGGUUCGAGCUGUUCCGAGAUCGGGACGUGCUGGGCGGAGAGGACGAGGCGGCGGCGGUGACGUUUGUGGCGGGGGAUGUGCUGGACCCGGAUGAGGCGGUACUGUCUCGGCUGGAUGGGAGGGUCUCGAUUGUUCAUGCGGCGAAUCUCUUUCACCUGUUCGGCUGGGACGCACAGGCCAGGAUCGGGAUCAGAGUGGCGAGGAUGCUGCGCGGCGGUGGGGCGGAGGAAGAGGAGAAAAAGAAGGCAUUCGUCUUUGGGAGACAGAUUGGGUCGCUACAGCCCGGGGCGCGAGAGGUGCACGAGUCUGCUGCUGAGGAGAAAUACCUGCACGACCAGAAUAGUUUUCAGAAGUUGUGGGAUAAGGUCGGAAAGGAGACGGGGACGAGAUGGCGGGUCGAGGUUGAGAUGCUGGGGAAGAUGCCGCCGGGAAAUCAGUGCGAACAAGAAGAUUAG